AUGGCUAAUCCUAGCAGAGACAUUAAGAUAUCACCAUUCAUUGCUGAUGCUGACCCAAUUUCAACCGGUCCAAAGUGGGAAAAAUGGAUGGAUGAGUUCGAAACCCGUCUUCGUUAUUUUCGCAUCACCGAUGACCAGGAUAGACUGGAUGCUUUGAAGAUUUACGGUGGACGUGAUAUUCGAGAAAAGAUCAAACAUCUUAGAGAUGUAACACCUGAUGACAGUGGUGAGGGUGAAGAAGAAACGGGAGCAAACAAUUCAGCAUACACAGCAGCAGUAGAAAAGCUAAAUGUCAAUAUCGCUAUUAAGAGGCCUAUUACUGAAGCACAUACAGUGGAAGAUAUAGCGUUUAAGUUAAAUGGAGCACAACAUUUUAGCAAAUUAGAUAUGAAUGAAUCGUAUCAUCAAAUUGAGCUGGAAGAGACAUCUAGACAUCUUACAACAUUUUAUGGUGUUAAUGUCGAUGUUCCUGAAAAUCUAGAUUACCUUGCCAAGGACACAAAGAAAAAAGGGGAGAUAAAAGAGUAUGCAGACCAGAAGCGGCAUGUGAAACCACACAAGUUUAUUGUCGGAAAUCCUGUGUUAGUGAAAAUCAAGAAAAAAUGUAAACUGACUACUCCUUAUGAUCCGCAACCGUAUGUAGUAGUACGUGUGAAAGGUACAAUGAUUACUGCGACAAGAUUAUCAGAUGGCAAAAGCAUUACGCGAAAUGCCUCGCAUUUUAAAUUGUUGGAAAUUCCAAUAAGAUCUGUUAUUGCAAUAAGUGAUAAUUUAAAUUCGCGAAGUGUAGACGAGGAAGAUGAAACAAAUUUGGAUGACAUUAUCAAAAAUUCUACGUUGUUAGAUUAUAAUUCGCGUGACAAAAAUAAAAGUGAUCAAAGUCAAAAGGAUAGUGUACAUUCAGAUCCUAAUCAAAGUGUUGCAUGUGAAAAUGAAAAUACCGUAAGUGAUAAUAAUCAUAGUGAUCAGGAACAAAUUAAUAGGAAUAACGGAAAUCAAGUCGAUACAAAUACUUUGGAUGUACAAGGAACAAACACUAAUCCUACACGGAAAUCUCUAAGGAUAAAACGCGCCCCAGAAAAAUUUAAGGACUAUGUUGUAGACUGUAAGACAAAGAAAUAA